CUUCAAUACCGCGCAUCACGCUCCCACCUCCAUGGUCUCAAUCGCGAAUACCUAGGCUCAAUCAAUCCAUCGUCAACCAGUUUUUCAAGGUACGCUUAUCUUCUUGAGAAAACUGAGAUAACUCUCGCACGACUCCCGGACAUCAGGCAUUCUAGGCUCCGUCACUGAUCUGCGCUUGCCAGCGACCAUGGCCUUCAGACCCGCCCUCAUCGUGGUCGACAUGCAAAAUGAUUUCUGUCCGCCCGACGGCUCACUCGCUGUCUCGGGAGGCCGAGAAAUUGUGCCACUGAUCAACAGGCUCCUUGAGUCACCCAGUUUUGCCUUGAAAGUCGCCACGCAAGACUGGCAUCCAACUAACCAUGUUUCGUUUGCGGCAAACCAUCCUGCCCCAGACAACAAACCCUUCGAGUCAUUUGUCACCGUGCGCAACCUAGUUGGCAACAAUCCAGACGAGACGAUGCAGCAAAGACUGUGGCCCGUCCAUUGUGUCCAGGGUACAAAAGGCGCUGAGAUCGUUCCAGAACUUGAUCUCUCCAAUGUACGUUUCACUGUCCAGAAAGGCCAAGAUUCCAGGGUUGAAAUGUACUCUGCCUUCUCCGACUCCUUUGGCAACUUGACGUUUGGUGCUGGAGGAGUAAGUCACGACCUUGCAAAAGAACUGGCGGCUGAGCAUAUAUCCCACGUUUAUGUUGUUGGCUUGGCUGGAGAUUAUUGUGUCAAAGAUACAGCUCUUGGAUCGGCAAAGGCAGGCUUCACCACCUAUGUUAUAGAGGAGGCCCAACGAUGUGUGGACCCCAGCACGUGGCUCGAUGUCAAGGGUGCUCUAGCACAGGGCUCCGUCACUGUGGUCAGUGUGGACGGCGAUGAGGUUCGGCGGGUCCUCGGCUCCUGAAGUCAAUCUUGUCGUGUCGAUCCCACGAGAAUAGAUGUGAAGCAGUAUGGAUUCUGAAAUCCCAUGCCUUCAAGUGCUGUUCUUGUCAGGCUGCAAGCUGCGAUCUAAGGUAAUCCGUUUGUUCAGUAUGUGCCGGUGUCUGCUUAUUCCCUGUCAUGAAGCUAUUGCUUUCACGGCAUUCUCGAGCGCUGGGGCGAUGUGCAAUACUGGACGAACACUGCCAUGAAUCAGUAUGUCGUCGUAUGUCGGCUGGCACGGUUGUGGACAGAGUCGCCUUCUGCAGCUCUUUUUUGCAAAUUCACACACACGAGACCUGCUAAACUGCAAAUCUGGAAGAUGUGGGUUACUUCUUUGCGUUUUAGGGUCAAGCUGGACGGAAACCCUAUGGGCGUCCUAGCUCCUGAAGGGGUGUAGUGAUGAUUGUUUGAAGAUGUCUACAGGAAGUUUGAGACCGAUCAUAUCAUCUUACGC